GCAGAAUAGACGCUUAGUCAUCCAUCAACUGGAUUGCAGAAAUUCUAGAGUCAUGAAUACCCACAGCAUUUUAAUCCGCGGUGCCUCCGUGCUGUUCCUGACGUACAUGGUGUCCGCCGUCCCACAAGGAUACGGUUCCGGAGGCGACGGCGGGCUGGGAGUCGAUCUCGGCGGCACAGGAGGCCACGGCGGCAGCGGUGUUGGAGGCGGCAGUGUGCUUCCUUUCGUCUUUGUCGGCAAGGGUGUGCUUCCUGAAGGUGCCAUUGGUGGUGGUGCCUCUGGUGGCGCUGCUGGGGGAGUUAUUGGUGGAGAAUACAGCGCACCAAGUGCUGGUGUUGCCGGAGGCGUCAACGCUGGAGUCGCUGGAGGCUUCGAUGGUAGUGUUGCUGGAGGCACUGCUGAUGUUGCCAUCGGCGAGGAAUACACCGCUCCGGCUGUAGUCCCCGAAGUCUCACCUGUCAGCCCCCCUGGCAGCGAAUAUGCUGCACCACACUAA